AUGUGGAUUAUAAUACUGUGGAUAUUUGUCCAAGUUUUGCUUGGCACUUCAGUCGAAGCACAGCAUGUGGACCCUGAAGUGGGGUUAACAGCUCAGGAGCAGGUUCUCCUGCUGUACGACAUCAAACUGCAGUGCCUUCAGAACAUCUCCGAACACAAUCCUGCUGAUGAGGUCUGUUCUCCUGGAUGGGACGGGUUGGUUUGCUGGCCUCAAGGUUCUCCAGGAACGGUCACCAAAGUGCCGUGUCCCAGCUACGUGUACGACUUCAACCACAACGGAUUUGCAUACCGUCAUUGCGACUUGAAUGGAUCGUGGGUAUCAGUGGAGAACAGAACUUGGGUCAAUUAUUCAGACUGUCUGCGUUUCUUGGCUCCAGGCAUUGAAAAGGGCAAAAGGGACUUUUUCGAGCGGCUGCACAUCAUGUACACAGUCGGCUAUGCGGUGUCAUUCAGCUCGCUGCUGGUGGCCAUUUUCAUCAUUGGAUACUUUCGGCGUCUCCACUGCACCAGAAACUACAUCCACAUGCACCUCUUUGUGUCUUUCAUGCUGCGUGCGGUGAGCAUCUUCGUGAAAGACAGAGUGGUGUACGCUAAUGGUGUGCUACAGGAGUACGACACCAUGCUAAUGGACAACAUCAGCACCGUCUCCAUUUCCCCGCUUGACAAGACUCAGUAUGUUGGCUGCAAGAUCACAGUCCUGUUCUUCAUUUAUUUCCUGGCAACCAACUACUACUGGAUCCUAGUGGAGGGCCUGUACCUUCACAGUCUCAUUUUCAUGGCGUUCUUCUCAGACUCCAAAUAUCUUUGGGGUUUCACUCUCAUAGGGUGGGGUGUUCCUGCUCUCUUCGUAUCAACCUGGGCUGUCGUCAGGGCAACGCUGGCGGAUGUAAGGUGUUGGGAGUUGAGCGCUGGCAAUAUUAAAUGGAUUUACCAAGUUCCUAUACUGACAGCAAUUGGGCUGAAUUUUAUUCUGUUUGUGAAUAUCGUACGAGUUCUGGCCACAAAGAUCCGAGAAACGAAUGCGGGGCGAUACGACACACGUAAACAGUGCAGGAAGCUGGCUAAGUCCACUUUGGUUCUGGUUCUGGUUUUCGGCGUGCACUACAUCGUGUUUGUGGGAAUGCCACACACGUUCACAGGUCUGGGCUGGGAGCUGCGCAUGUACUGUGAACUGUUCUUCAACUCAUUCCAGGGAUUUUUUGUCUCCAUUAUUUACUGCUUCUGCAAUGGAGAGGUCCAGACAGAAAUCCGGAAGAUCUGGCUCCGCUGGACGCUUGCAUUUGACUGGAAAGGUCCCGUCAUUUUAGCUAACUACCGCUAUGGGACGGUCCUGAACAGCAGCGGUGCCAGCGUCCAAUCCCAGCUGACCUCAGUGACCCGCAGUUCUACUCUCCUCACCAGCAGGGUGUACCGCUGCGCCGCUCUGCCCAGCGUCGGCUCGCUUGUGCAUGGCUCGCAAAUACACACCACCUUGCCUGGAUACGUCUUCAGCAACUCGGACAUCGAAAGCCUACCACCUUCCAUUCCAGAAGAAAUCGAAGAGGAGGCCAAACACAUCGACACGCUCACGCUCACGCUCAAAAGCUCUGUCGCUGUACGACAGGAAGCCCUCAGCAUCUGUUUCGAAGAAAGCGGACAGAGCUCAUCCCACACGGAUUCUGAUGACGUCAGAUGUUGUCCUGAUGACAUCACCACUACGGAAAUCUCCAAAUGCACUGACAAAAUGUCACUGAAGGAUUCUUUAUCGGUGAGGUACAACAGUUUGGAUCAAGAGGACGAGGAAGUACUUUAA